AUGAAGGUGAAGAAGCGGCAACAGCGUGUGAUGCUGAUUCUAGACAGCCGACAGAUUCAUUAUGAUGUGAUUGAUAUAGCUGACCCCAGCCGUGAGGAAGAGAAAGCACACAUGCAGCAGCAUGCUAAACCAAGGAGCCAGAAGCAUCCAUUACCACCACAGAUCUUCAAUGAGUCUGAGUAUUGUGGGGACUAUGAAGAUUUUGAUGAGGCGAAUGAAGUGGAUCAGUUGGAUAACUUUUUGAAGUUGUCAGAAGCAGAGGUAGCAGAAGCAGCAUCAAAAAUAAAGGAAUUUCAUCCUAUCCAAAAUGGUCUUACUGAUGGCAUCUCAAGCAAAGAGUCAUCAAUAGAAAAGGAAACCAGAAAGUGGGAUGAAGCUGAAGAAAUUGAGGAUGUGUCUCAUGGUUCCCCUUUGAGAGAAACCUCACCACCUUCUGAGGAAAUUCCAAUUGAAGGAAGGGAAGAAGAUGAAGAGAGAGGAGCAGAGAAGGUUGAAGAAGAGGAGGAACAAGUGGAAGAGAAAGAAGAAACAAGAGAAAAUGAAGAGAAUAUCACAAAAGAUGAAGAUGAAGAGGAGGAAGAAGAGGAAUAA